AAUAUACGGCCUAUUCCCAGUUCCUAUUGGAAACCACUCUUCACUGUCGAAGGAAUCUAUCCGUGCCGCAAAGCUGUUGCUGCGGUGAAUUUCUUAUCAAUUUGCGUCAGAACAUUACAGCUGUAGUUCUCCAGCCACUGUCUUCUAAUCUUGUGGCCUGGUUCCAACGAAAAGUGUUUACUAAGUAAUAGUUAUUUCGGUGCAUUUUUUGUCGCAAAUAUUUCGAAAUGGCAUGCUCCAAGGCUGUACAACGCUCAGCUGUUUUGCUGCAAAAUUCCACCGGCUUCGAAAAUUACGUCGGCAAACGUGCCAGCUCAUGGUGGGGCGCAGUACAAAUGGGUCCUCCAGAUGUCAUUCUCGGUGUGACGGAGGCCUUCAAGCGAGACACUAAUCCUAAGAAGAUUAACCUAGGAGUCGGCGCGUAUAGGGACGACAAUGGUAAACCCUUUGUGCUACCAAGUGUUCGCAAAGCGGAAACGCGCCUAGCCGAAAAACAGCUGGAUAAAGAGUAUUCGCCCAUUAGCGGUACAGCGGAAUUCUGUAAGCACAGCAUCCUUCUCGCGCUUGGAUCUGACAGUAAACAUGUUGCUGAUGGGUUGAAUGCAACGGUACAGGGUAUCAGUGGAACGGGUGCACUUCGUGUGGGAGGAGCUUUUCUGGCAAGUUUCUUCCCAGGAGCAAAGGAGAUCUAUUUACCCACUCCGUCCUGGGGUAAUCAUGGACCGAUCUUUCGCCACUCAGGAAUGAACGUAAAAUCCUACAAGUAUUACGAUCCGAGCACGUGUGGGUUUGACUCGAAGGGCGCCUUGGAUGAUCUGUCGAAAAUCCCAGAAAAUUCAAUAGUCCUACUACACGCUUGUGCCCAUAACCCAACCGGCGUAGAUCCGCGACCUGAGCAAUGGUCGGAAAUAUCGGCCGUAAUGAAAAAGCGCAAACUGUUCCCAUUUUUCGACAUGGCAUAUCAGGGCUUCGCUAGCGGUGAUGUUGCCAAGGAUGCUUUCGCUGUUCGUGCCUUCCUUAAAGAUGGUCAUCAGAUCGCUCUAGCCCAGAGCUUCGCCAAGAACAUGGGCCUGUAUGGUGAGCGUGCCGGAGCCUUCUCGUUAAUCUGCUCGGACAAGGAGGAAGCCGCCCGUACAAUGUCUCAGAUUAAGAUUCUCAUUCGUCCGAUGUAUUCGAAUCCACCCAUUCACGGGGCUCGACUGGUGACGGAAAUUCUAAGCGAUGAAGCGCUCCACAAACAAUGGCUGGGAGACGUUAAACUAAUGGCCGAUCGUAUCAUUUCGGUGCGAACAAAGCUGCAGGAUAAUCUGAAAAAGUUAGGGUCAUCUCGGAACUGGCAACACAUCACCGAUCAGAUCGGUAUGUUCUGCUUCACCGGAAUGAAUCAACAGCAGUGCGAGAGACUGACCAAAGAGUUCAGCGUCUACCUGACCAAGGACGGUCGAAUCUCGAUGGCUGGAGUUACUUCCAAGAACGUCGAUUACCUGGCUGAAGCUAUUCAUACCGUCACAAAGUGAAAUCAUCGUCCGGAGCAAGAAAAUGCAUUUCAUAGUUCUUGUUUUGUAUAGGCAAAAAGUAAGAAUUUCAAUGAUAGCAUUUAACACGAAAUGAAAGUAUAUGCUUUUGCUAAACAUACAUGCCCACACGUUAUAUCCAAAAGUGAUUAGUGCUAGUGAACAUAUUUUUAUGCUUUAUUCAUAUCAUAUUGUGGAAAAAUCACACUAAAAAAUCUGUAGAGCCAUGUAAUAGAAAUUGAAGAUCAGAUAGGUCAGAUGCUGGCGUAGAAUAAAUAAUGUGAGAAAUUUACAA